GUGUCAAACUUUGUAGGUUAUAAUCCAUUUUCGCAGUUCUGAGCUAUUAAUAAUCAAAAUAAUUCAGAAAUCCUGAUUACAUUCUAAUAUUUGUUAUUAAUUAAGAGAUAUUUUUCAGCUCGUUUAGUUUUUAAAAUUUGCGAGUCUUUAAUUUAUUAACAAUUUGACUGAUUGAGUCCAUAAAAAUGUCCACCCGGUGGUAUCCACUAUACCAAAGAGGGAAUCCCCAGUUGAGAGUAUUUUUACCAAACUUUUGGAUGAAACUUGUUAAACCUCAUUUGAAGCAGCUACCUAACAUAGUUCAUUUUCAAUGUUCUAUGGAAAUGACGAAGCACGACAUUAAAAAUUAUUUGGAGAAGAUUUACAACGUCCCAGUUGCUGAUGUCAGAACAAAGAUUACCAUGGGGAAGUUUAGGAGGGAUGUGGGAAAGGGAUACAUUAUAAAAGAUGAUGAUAUCAAAUAUGCCUAUGUCACCCUGCGAAAAGAUAUGAAAUUCAAGUACCCCCAGCUAUUUGUGGAUCAAAAGGAAGCCGAGAAUGAGGAUGCAAAAUCUUUGGAUGAAGCCAAGAAAACCUUCAAAGGGUAUUUGGAGCGGAACAAGGACAGAUCUGAUGUUCCAAGUUGGUUCUCUAUAUAAAAUGUACUACAGAAAUAUUAGUUUUUAUUAGAAUAGGAUGUGUAAAUAAACAUUAGAAAUGUA